CAGGAGACCAACUUACUGCUCUAGCUAUAGAAUGCACGAAAAUAUUUAGCAGCGGAAACAUGCCUAAAGUUGGAACUAUGGUUGAGACCAACGAAAAAGUCGCAUUUUUGGGGAAAAUUAAACAGUUGGAGGAAGAAUACAAACGAAAUAUGGAAAAGAAAGUGGGAGACGAUUAUAUAGAUGCAAUACUGUUGGAGGAACUUCAUAAAGAAUGCCGGGCUAAGGCGUUGAAGGAAUACGAUACAUACGACAUCUUUGAUAAUAAAGAAGAAAGCUCAGCAAACCGGGCAGAGAUGGAGAAAAAUAUUACACUGGCAUUUCUCAGAAUAAGAUCCAAUAAUGAUACGAGAAAGGGGUCUUGGAUGCUUUUCAUUCGGGAGCAAGCAGUCCGCGCAUCGUAUGUAUAUAAACAAGAACUGGACAAGUAUGCAGGUGGAAAAUACUUGAACAGUAUUGGAGAAGCGGUGGAAAAUGCGACAUCCAAAGCUUGCCUCGAGUUUCAGAUUUUGACUCGGAAAUGCGACAAGCGUCUCGAAGUUCAAUGUGACGAAGCUUUUGUAGCUGAAGUUGAAUUGAAACAUAAAGAGUUUGAGGAAGAAAACAACACCCGAGGGGCGAUAGAAGAGAGAGAAUUGAAUUUAUUGGCGAAAGCGUUAUUGAAAAAAUAUUCAUCGAAAAUGACCAAGGCUACCAAAUGCUACGCCGAAAACCUAAACAGUAUUCACAACGAUUUAGUGACACGUGUGUUUUAUAUGUUUGACAAAUCGACGCCCCUUAAAGAGACACAACUUCGAUUAAAUAUUCGAGAUGAGCUACUGACGAGAAUUAAGAAACAUUUUUGUGCCUUUCAAAUGCGAAAUCAGAAAACUGAACAGAAUGAAGUAUCAAAGAUUGUUGAAAGGGGCAUAGAAGACUACAGAGGUAAACUCCAAAACUUAACUCCAGACCGCUACAUGAACGAGGACGUAAUCAAGAAAGCUCAUGCGGAAGCAACAAAAGCUGCACUUGCAGUUAUAGAGGAACUGAGCUCCGACAAGGGAGAGGCAAUAACGAAAUCAAGCAUAGACAAAAUAAUGAUUUUUGCCGACUGUGAAGCACAAGCAAUGCUAACACAAAAUGAAUCUUUGAAGGCGCAAAUUGUGAACCAAUUUUUCACGAAGCGAGUGUCACUGGGAAAGAUAUACUUUCAAGAUAAUUUCUCGGUAACAACACCAGUAUGUUUCCGAAAGGGAACUCGACGCCAAGCACAUAAAGGCCAAAGAGAACGCUUUAAAAAUAUAUCGAUCCCAUAUAAGCCCGCCUGAUAAAGAAUUUAAGGAACACCAGGCCGGCCUGAGUGAUGAUAUCGAAGGUCAUUAUGCAAGAGUAAAGGCAAACAACUUACGAAACAAGGAAAACCUGAUGUCUAAGCUGCAGCAGUUCUACAAAAUACUGGCGACUGACUACUUCGACAAAAUGUGCGAGGUAACGCGAAGACCGUAUGCAACUGCCGUAACAGUUACGCAAGUACACGAAAAAUUCACAGAAAUGUUGAUCGAAGAGAUAACUGGACAUAUCCAAUUCGCUGACAUCCUAUCCGCAUGCAUUAAAGGGGCACAAGGUGUAUUGAAUGACAAAUUUGAAGAUCUAAAACGGGAAAGACGGUCGCUAUGGAAUGAGGAUGGUUCUUCGGCAAGCAACAUUAAAUCAUUCGGCUUGCUAGGAGCAAUUAAGUGGGAGUUAUCUAAAUUUGUGGGGACAGAAAAUGUGGGUGCGAGGUUGCGGCUUAAAGUCAGCGAUCUGAAGUCACUCGCAUAUUUGAAGAAGCUCGGGAUGAAUGAAACAAAACUCGAAUGAUAUCAUUGAAAUGCAUUUGAGCAAACUAAUAAUAUCAAUAUAUUUAUGAGCAUCGAAAUAGAACAAACGUUCUAUAAUU